AUGAUCGCGCUCUGGUUGGACGACGAGUGGGAGCGCGGCGCUUCGAUCAAUCGGACGAUCGGUGCGGAAACCGCGCGGGCGUUCGAGCGACACGCCGCGCGUGGUUCGGCGCUCGAGACCUCGGAGGAGUUCUACGCGCGCGUCGUGCUCGACGUGGCGAAUGAUUUGACGGCGGUGGAUUUCCGCGACGCCUUCGUGAGCGCGUUCGAGACGUCGAAUAAGUUGAUCGAGAUGCUCAUGCUGCGCGCGGGCACGGACGUGUGUUGCGUCGGCGAGGACGAUAUCACUCGCGCCGAUCGCUACGAGGCGAUCGCGCUCGAGGAGACGUAG